AUGGCUUUCGACAAGUUCUUCCAUAAAGCCUUCUGGGCUCUGGCUGGAUGUGGAUUGAUCUAUGCAUUGGCUUUGGGUUCUUUGACGUUCCCGGUUGUCCAGCGCAAUGCCACAUACGUCCACAAUAUCAAUCCCACUUACUUCCAAGAUCUGAACAAUACUGAGCAGUUUGGCUUCCUCCACCAUCAAAUCCAGCCCUUUACAGUUGUCACUCCAGACAAUGUGACUCUAUUUGCCUGGCACAUUCUGCCGACCCAUCUGUACUACAAGCAUGAGGAAGCCUUGACCAAGCAAACAGACUUUGGCCUGAAGCCUUUUGAGAUUGCUUCCAAAAGCAUCGGCCUUCAACUCCUUCUCAAUGACCCUAAAGCCAAGAUCAUAGUAGCUUUCCAUGGAAACGCUGGCCAUCUCGCCUCCAAUUACCGUCCUUCCGCAUAUCAGCAGAUCCUAGGUGUGUCGACUCCAGAGAAACCUGUCCAUGUUAUCGCUUUCGACUACCGCGGAUUCGGUCUGAGCACUGGUAGUCCCACAGAGCAGGGUGUGAUUGAAGACGCAGUAUCUUUGUUGUCGGCUCUCACCGGAGAGUCCAACGACGGCAAGCGUCGACGCAACGAAGGACACCAGUAUGUGGACCCGGCCCAGGUAGUCUUGGUGGGACAGUCCAUGGGCACGUUUAUUUCAACAGCGUUUUAUCACGAGUGGGUGGCAAAACUCGGCAGAGCACCAUUCAAAGGUUUGGUGCUAAUCGCCAGCUUCACUUCAUUGCCCAACUUGCUCGAGACUUACUCGUUCAAGGGCCUUACUCCUCCAAUUCUGUCCCCCUUGAUGGCAUAUCCUCGACUGCAAGAAUGGUUGCGCUCCCAAAUUCAAGACAAAUGGGACGCGAGCUCUAGGUUGGUGGAAUUGGCAAAGACGCCGGAGAUCCAACUCAACCUUGUUAUGCUACAUGCUCGCAACGACUACGAAAUCCCGUGGCGAGAGGGGUGGGCCAACUGGGAUUUUUUGUUAGAGGCUGCAACUGAUGGGAAGGUCGAUUUCCCUCGCAACUUUGAUCGAGAAGAAUGGAAGAGUGUAGAUGGCAGAAAACAUCUGCGCUGGGAAAGAGUUCGGCAUGGAGGACAUAACAGAAUCCAAACAAGCGAACAGGUCCGACUGGCGAUAUUGCGGCUGAUAGAAGGCGAAUAG